CUGCAAACUUUGUUGUUUUCCCAAAAAAGUUUAUUUAUUGCCAAAAAUGCUGUAAUAAAACCAAAAGAUUAUACAAAAGGGGCAAGGACACAUAGAUAACAAUGGCGCGUAUCACAUGGAGAGGUCGCUCUAGUCAGGAGUUGCUCGCUUCAUGCCGGCUUCGUUGGUCUUAUAUGAACUCCUCCUACGCCUCCGACGUCUGUUUGACCCCCAUUUUUUGGUUCGUCGACAACUACACUCACUGCCUAGGACCGUUUUUUGUGGUUGGAGUAGCUGCCCUGACCACUUCCGUGGUUAGUAUUGCCUACUGGAUUGGUUUGCCCUUUUGGUGGGCCAAGAGCCAGUUGGUUACCUAUUUCCUGCUCGUUGUGGGCAAUUGGCUGUUGCUCAAUGUGGUUUUCCACUACAUUAUGGCUGUGAUCACGCCGGCGGGUCAUCCACCGGAAGGCGUGUCCCUGGUGGAAGCGGUUAGCAUGUGCGGCAAGUGCAUAGCCCCCAAACCACCAAGAACUCAUCAUUGCUCCGUCUGCAAUCGCUGCAUCCUCAAGAUGGAUCACCACUGCCCUUGGCUCAACAACUGUGUGGGCUAUGGAAACCAUCGGUACUUUUUCCUCUACAUGACGUACACCACUCUGGGUUGCCUGUUUCUCAUUCUGUUUGGUUUGGAGAUUGGCCACAAAUACCUGUGGCUGGACAAUGGCGAAACCUGGACGGAGAUUGAGCCUCUGGAGGGGCAGCCAGUCAAGUUUAACCUCAGUGGACACAUAAUUCCUGUGACCCAUCCCCACGAGUACGAUGAGUUUAUGCUGCCGCCUGCAAUACACAAUCUUCCGACACCCCUUGUGGAUACGGAUGCACCUUCGCCUGGUCGACGACGAGCCCUGUGGUUUAUGGCCUUCACAAAUGUGGCAGUGGUCUUGGCUCUCGGGAGCCUUUCCAUCUGGCAUGCCAAACUCAUCACUCGCGGAGAGACGAGUGUGGAGGCCCACAUCAACGAAGCGGAGACAAAACGGCUCCUGCAGCAACAACGCAUUUACAUAAAUCCCUAUAACUUUGGCACCAAAAAGAACUGGAAACUGUUUUUGGGUCUGGUGCGAGGCAGAUCUUUCUGGCGAACUGUUCUGCUGCCCUCCUGGCACAAACCUGAAGGCACUGGGCUCAGUUUUCACACGGUUAACGAUGCUCCCUUCGAGGAUGAGUGGCCGUAGUCCCAACAUCGAAGCUAUUGUGAUGCCAAGUCCCUCUUAAAUUAUUACUUUAAUUUUAAGCUCAAAGUAACUAGUAUGCAUUAGCUGCUUAUUUUUAGUAAAAUGUAGUUUAAUAAUUAUCCCAAGAUUCCAAAGUUUACUCAAAAGCCAUAGGGAAUUUUAAAAUUCAAUAGCUAUAAAUGACUUCACAUGAAUAUGCAGUGGCAUGUAUUUUGUUUCCAUAGCGACUAAGAGCACAAUGACGCUUUUUUACAUAUGUACUACCUAAAUAAAAUCCAGUAAACAA